AUGACUCCCCAAGCCCCUGGGAAGAUUUUUCUAUAUCUCUUUCUUUCGUUCAAUUUCAAUAUCUGUGUGUCUUUCUUUUUUCAUUCUCUCUCACACUCUAAAGAACCUUUGUCUCUCUUUCAUUUUCUCUCCCUCUCAUUAUCAUUUUUAUCCCGCUGUCUCUCUAUAUAUUUCUUUUUUCGCCUUUUCUCUCUCAGACGUUUUUAUACUGUUUUAAUCUCUCUCCUACUAUCUUUCUUUCUCCCAUUGCCAAAUAGUCUAUCUAUUUAUAUAUAUCUCUCUCUUUCUAACUAUACAUGUUUCUCACUUUCUCUCUAUCGAUUUUUCACUUUCUACCUUGAUUUUUCUCAAUCCCAUUGUCAAAUAUUCUAUCGAUUUCUCGCAUGUCCUCUCUCUCUCUUUCUUCUCAUAAGACAAUAUGCAGCCCUGGCGCGGAACAUAUACUAUAAGGAAAAGAUCUAUCUAUUUUUCUCUCUGACUUCCUCUCUCCUUGUCUCUUUGUCUCUCUAA